UGGAUCUAAGUGCGUUGGUUACCUCUUCAUACCCUAAAAAGUCCGUUUUACAUACAGACGGAUAGCCUUUAAUACACUUAUAGGGCUGUGUUUCAAAAGCGUACGUGUGUUGUAUCUCGAGCGUAGCCUGUAACUGUGUAUUGUUUAGGUUAGUGGAGUACGGAAGUCAACUCUCAUUUUGAAGUAGUGAUUCCAAACCCAUGAACUUGUGAAAAUGGCAAGGAGUCUUUUAAUUUAUCUAUUCGAUUUUAUUAUUUGAAGCAGUAAAACAAUUAUAAAUGUUUACAAACGGGGUUAUUCAAUGUUUAAUAUAAAACAAACAAGAGCGACAUCGUAUGACGGCAUGAAGUAUAGACAACAAAAAGCCUAAAGACUAGUCAAACCCCAGCAACCUUCCACCAUCCCCCAACCAGCCAUCCCGUCCCUGUGGUUGCACAUCUGCAACCGAUAUGCAACCGCAUGCAAGUCAAUAUAAUUUUGGCGCAUGUGUUUUCUUCUCAUUCCAGAAAUAGGAAAGCAGUUUCGGGUAUUCUAUUAUUAAUUAAAAUUAUGUGAAGUGUGUGUAUCAAGUUAUGUGAGCUAACGUUUCAGGAACUCGGUAGGGGUUGCAGCGGGAUUUGUUUUGUUUUCACAGUUAGUUGUAGCCAUCUAGUCCAAUCCUGUUGUUGAGCUUGCUACAGUUAGGUUAAGACGUUAUUUCAGGGUAACUUUUAGCUUCAUCCGGGUAACGUUUAUUUGUUAAUUUGUUUAUGAGUUGUCAUCUCAUUGUAAGCAAAAUUUUCUUGAUCGAGGAAUUAAAUAGCUUGCUAACUUUCUUUGUUUAACUUAGUACUGUUGCUAAGGUACCUGACGUAUUAGCAAAUCCCUGUAGCGCUGCCGUUUUUGAGCCCUGUCAGGCAAUGUGCUGGAUGUCUGGAUGCUCGGCCUCAGCGGGCCACGGAGCCAUUUUCACCCCCCGCUGGAGGGCCCUUCUUUGGGGUUUGGAGCAGUUCCCAUACCAGGCGGAUGAUGGAUUUAUAGAAUGGGGAGAGGACUCAAGGGGAGUUGGUUUAGGUUGCAACCUCCUUCCUGUAAGAUGGCUCCUCUUUGUUCUUUCAGGCCAAUAACUGUGGUUUGGCCUGGAACUUUAUGCCCAGCAGUCAUGGGUGAAUCAAAGAAGAGGGCCUACACUCUCCUAGGGGCCCCAGUGUUAAUCCGAAACCGUUCCCAACAUGUCUGAGACGGAUUUGGGCAGUUGUAUUCCAGCCCAGAGAAAGUCACCACUAGGUCCAGAGAGGUCAGUGAAGCUGGGGGACUGCCGCCAUCCAUUCAAACUCAAUGUGAUUGUCAAAGAGGAAGAGGAAGAGAGAGAAAUCAAUGGAGAGGAAGAAGAUUGCGAAGAAAACCAUUACUCAGGAGACAGCUCCAACCCGGGCUCAGACAGCAAACCCAGUUUCACAAUACCAGGAAACCAUAAACAACACAGACAGAAACCCCAACCUGACUUUAAUGACAACAGUAUUGGUCAAACUCACUCCAGAUCACACAAACAGACCCUCCAAAAAAAAAAGACAUUCUCAUGCUCUCAGUGUGGAAAGAGUUUUAGUCGGGCAGGAAACCUAAAGUGUCAUGAGAGAAUACAUUCUAAAGAAAAACCUUUCCAAUGCUCCCAAUGUGGUAGGGGUUUUAGUAAGAAGGUUUACCUUAAGAGACAUGAGCGAGUACACAGUGGUAAUGAGCCUUACCACUGCACCUACUGUGGACAGGGCUUCAAUCAUUCAGGAAGCCUUAAAGAACAUGAGAGGAUACAUACAGGGGAAAAAUCUUACCACUGUUCUCUUUGCAAGAAGAGUUUUAGUUGUGCAGGAGAUCUAAAGACUCAUGACAAAUCACACAGUGGAGAGCAACCAUACAAAUGCUCUGUUUGUGAAAAGACUUUCAAUCAGCCUGGAAACCUAACGACUCAUCAGCGAAUGCACACUGGAGAAAAACCUGCCUUUACUCUCAAUGUGAUUUUAAAAGAAGAGGAUGAAAGGGAAAUUAAGGAGGAGGAAACUAUUGGAGAAGAGUCUGCCUUUACUCUCAAUGUGAUAUUAAAAGAGGAGGGUGAAAGGGAAGAAAAGAUAAAAGUUGAGGAAGAGAGCACUAGUUUACAUGACCCAGGUACAUCAAGGCUUCCUGUUCAUGGGAGUCAUUCCUGCCCCCAAUGCGGUAAGAGUUUCAGUACCUCACGUGGUCUAAAGAAUCAUGGAAGAGUACACACUGUAGCUAAAUCUUUUCCCUGUGCCACAUGUGGCAAGUGUUUCAGUGAAAAAUUUAACCUUAGAAAACAUGAGAAAAUACAUAGUGGAGAGAAGCCUUACCAUUGCACCCAAUGUGGAAAGCGCUUCAACCAUUCUGGAAGCCUUAAUAAUCAUCAAAGAGUACAUACAGGAGAGAAGCCAUACCUCUGUUCUUUAUGUGGGAAGAGUUUCAAUCAACCAGGAAACCUUAAGAAACAUCAGAGAAUCCAUACAGGGGAAAAGCCUUAUCACUGCUCUCUCUGCGGAGAUAAUUUUCGUUUUGCAAGUAACUUAAAAAAUCAUGAAAGAUCCCACACUGGAGAGAAGGCAUACCACUGCUCCCAGUGUGGGGAGGGCUUCACUUGGCUAAAGAGUCUGAAAAGUCAUCAAAGAUUACACAUUGGAGGAAAGUCUGCCUCUGCUUUCAAGAUCAUUGUCAAAGACGAGGAGGUUGAGCGAGAAAUGCAUGAGGAAAAGGGAGAAGUUGGAAAAAUUGAGGAAAAUAGUAGAAUAUGUAACCCAGGUGUGACAAAGUUACCUGGUCGUGGAAGUUACCCUUGCCCACAAUGUAGGAAAACGUUCCGUUCGUCAAGUGGUCUAAAAAAUCAUGAAAGAGUACACACUGGUGAGAAACCAUACCACUGCACCCAAUGCGGGAAGGGUUUCAGUGAGAAAGCAAACCUUAAAAGACAUGAAAGGGUACAUAGCGGUGAGAAGCCUUACCAUUGCUUACAAUGUGGGAAAAGUUUCAAUCAUUCUGGAAGCCUUAAGGAACACCAAAGAAUACAUACAGGGGAGAAGCCAUACCACUGCUCACAGUGCGGAAAGGAUUUUCGCUUUGCCGGAGACUUAAAGAAUCAUCAGAGAUCACACAGUGGAGAGAAGCCUUACCACUGCUUACAGUGUGGGAAGGAAUUCACUCAGCUAAGAUUUCUGAAAAGUCAUCAGAGAUUACACAUUGAGUCUACAUGUGCUUUAAACGAGUUUGUCCAAGAGGGGCAGGAGCAAGACAAUGAGGGAGAGACAGAAGUAUGACAAGAUGAGGACUAAAGGAGAUGUGAGAAGGUGAAACUCCAUAGAAAAGGGGAUAAGGCACUUCCUGUUCUGGUAUCUUUUUUGACAGUACAGGCCUGACCUGUGCUGCUUCAUAAUGGUUUACUUUAAAGUGCGCAUAACGUGUUCUGCACAUGUGAAGAUGCUUCUGGACCAGUAACAUCAAAUAGCAACCUUGGCCUUUAAAAUAGAGCUCACUCUGUUUUAGCUAACAUAAAUCUUAUUCAUAUCUGUUCUAAUGUUAUCCCAGGAAGAUUGAUGCCUUUGAAUAAAGUUAUAUAACAAUAAAAAAUUUUCAGGAAAGUAAGCAUAGGUGUAGUCAUGUUCUACUUUGGUAGACUACUUAAGAAUGACCUGGUGUGUUUGUGGGAGAUUUGCCAUGUGUGUAGACAAUUUAAUAGCAAGAGAAAUAAAUACAUGUGGUCUAGGCAUGUUGGUCCAUUACCAGUCACAGUAGACUUGAUAAUUCAUUUGUAAUGUUAUAAUUAUCCAUUUUGUUUUUCUGCAAAUUAGUUAACACUUCCAGUCCUGCUUUUAAUUGUAGUCCUUAUGUUAUUUUAUUUCUGUAUGUGUAAUUGAGGUCUGUAAAUAAACUCCAUAUGUACUGUUGUAACCAGCUAUGGGGGAGGGUGUAUCACUGGGCUGCCCAACCAUGUUCCUGUAAAUCUACUGUUAUGAAGGGCAUCUCCAACCCUUUUCCUGGAGAGAUACUGUCCUGUAUGUUAUUAUCUCCAACCCUUUUCCUGGAGAGAUACUGUCCUGUAUGUUAUUAUCUCCAACCCUUUUCCUGGAGAGAUACUGUCCUGUAUGUUAUUAUCUCCAACCCUUUUCCUGGAGAGAUACUGUCCUGUGGGUUAUUAUCUCCAACCCUUUUCCUGGAGAGAUACUGUCCUGUGGGUUAUCAUUUACAACCCUGUUCCCGGAGAGCUCUAUUGGAGAGUGAACCUAUCGGAUGUUCAUCUCCAGGGACAGGGUUGGAGAUAACAACCUAUGGAUGUUAGAUCUCUAUGAACAGGGGCAUCCAUGCUGUAUUUUCUAAAUAGGUAUUAAAGCCAAGAUCAGUGAUCAGGGCCUUCAUCCGACCCACUGCUAUUCAAGGAUAAACACUCUCUUUUCACUGCUUUCCUUACCUAUAAAGCAUAAAAUUACUCAAUGUAAACAUA